GAAGAACUAUCUCCUUUUCCCAACUUUAGAUCCCAGAGUCUGACGCUAGUUAUCGAUUAUAGCCUUCUUCUAUAAACGGCCUUUGUCUUUAUUAUUUGGUUGGCUAUCUGUGUCGUCGCAUCGACUCAAUUCCGUUAUCGCCAAAAUUUCGAAUCAUACUGCGAUCGCCGCAAAGCCCGGGCUUUAACACAAAGAGAACUUAUCAGACGAUUAUAGUCUUUUCUCGAGCAGCUUUCCAUUCAUAAUACUUUAUAAACAACAAAAUGGCUGCCCCAUCCCUUUCCGCCCGUGGCGCCUACCGUCAGAUUCUCCGCGCUACCCGCAUUGCCUUCCAUGAGGACACUCGUGUACUCCUCGCCGCUCGUCAAGAGGCCCGCCGCCAGUUCGACGAACAUAAGCGUGUAGGCAUCGAUACGCCCAUGCAGAUCAACCAUGCCAUUGAAGUGGCCAGCAUCUUGAAGCACAACAUUGUACAAGGAGUAAAAGAGGAGGGCAACGAAGCCGCCAAGUGGGAACUUCGGAUUCACGAUGAUAUUGAGCGUGGUGACAAUGAUUCGAUUAAGCAUGCGGGCAAGGACAUCAAGAUCCAUAAGGCUUGUUCGGCAUAAGUGUCGCUGAGUGGAAGUUUCCUACGAAGGAUGCACAUGAUAACACCUGCAUUUUUGCAUUGUAUUAUAGUAUACCCGACUUUUCUCUCCUUCGGCGUCUUUUGGGGUAUU